GGAAAGUCGAAGCUCUAGAAAGAGACCCGAGUUCCCGAGUUGGAAUUCCGAGCGGGUUGACCGUUCAAAUCGACUAUUCCCAGUCGGACCUCGUUUUUUCCGAUUUCACAGUUGUUUUGAACCCACUAAAGUCGGAGGUCGGAGAUUUCCUAGUUUCCAGUUACGAGUUCCCAGUAGAUUUGAACGCGGCAUAAAUACGCUAGGAAUUUCUGCUGCCCGUCUGUCAUUCGCAGUCUCACCACGCCCGAGCGUUCUUUUCACUAAACUCAGACUACCCUUUUAGUUCUACCAUCUCCGGUCACUGGGUGAAGCUCCUCCCGCAAAUAGAGAGAGACACUGUUAUGAGGAGAAAUACAGCAAAAUAAUCACCUGGAUUCUUUCAUAUCGAGAUGAUGUGGAGUCUUUGGAUCCUGCUGGGCACUGUUCUCAGUGUGGGUGGCUACGUGGUGCCCGACCUGCACAGGCGUCUGUCCCACGGGCGUCAGCUGAAGAUCUACCUCCCGAAGAGUGCUGAGAAGCUGGAGUUCACCCCCGCUGCAGAGCCCCUGAAGACAUACCUGUACUGGGAACGUGGAUCCCGGUCCACCAGGGGAAAGGUGUCUGGGACAGGAACCGACAGGAACUGGUAUCUGGACAAAGUGACUUACAAGGACCAGGGGACCUAUGUCCAGAGAGACUACUGGAACAAGGAGAUCUCCUCACUCAAAGUGGCUGUGACCACCAGGCGUGAGUACACAAAGUGCGUGGCGGGCGAGGAACUCCACAUCUCAUUGGAAGGCAUCAACCAGGCCGACGCCACGCUCUCCUUCUCAGGUGCCAACGUCAACGUCACCCUGGUGCAGGAUGGGGCAGUGGUGGCCCAGGACCUCCCGGACUACUGGAACCGGGUCAAGACCCUUUCCACCAAGAUCAGCAUCCAGAAUGUCAACACCUCGGACGUGGGCCACUACACGCUGAAGGACACGAGAGACCGGGUGGUCUCCAUCGUCAGGAUGGAACUCACAGACAAACAUGAGAGUGAAGCAGGCAACCCCCUCAUGGCCCUCCUCCUCCUGCUUGGUAUACCCGCCGGUAUCUGCUUCUGUUGCCGGAAGAGGAUCUUCAAGAACAAAUCCCCCGACACCACCACCAUCCAGCUGGACAACCCCGAGACUCUGCACCCCCCUCCCGGCUACAACACGCCCGGAGGAGGGGUGUCCCCUGGACCUGGUGUCCCGACGUUCUAUCAUGGCCCAGGCCCAGAUCCUAACAUGGAAGGUUACCCUCAGGUUCACCCUCCCCCCAACCCUGGGAUGCCAGGCCAGCCUCAAUGGACCGGACCACCACCUCAACCAUGCUUCAACCCAGGCUACCCCCCCCAGGACCCUAUGUACCCCCCUGCCCAGCCCCCACAGUGGAAUGGCCCACCACCCAAUCAGCCACAGUACAACCCUGGUGCUCCUCCGAUGGGGUAUGCGCCGGUGAUGUACAGCGCCCCCUCAGGGAAGGAGGAGAUAAAGAUGGAGAACAUGUCUCCUGCUGAUCCCCUCCUUGCCCAUCCACCACCCCAGGUCCCCCCGCCCACCUCUGAAGCUCUGCACUCCACAGACGGAGCCUUCCAGUUCAACAUCGACACCGGAAAGAACCCCCCCACCAACUUCCUGUAGAACGCCUGUCAUCGGUCCAAUCGGGAGCGGCCUUAGUAAUGUUGCCACAGCGCCGUCCCAAUACGGUUCAAUGGCUUCCUUUGCUCAUAUCCUUGACUGUGACCACUUAUAUAAAUGGGGAGAGAUAGGAGAGGAAGCAGUAUGUUGUAGAUGUAACUGUGACCUAGACAUUUCCCCUCAGAUCACCUAUCCAGCCUUUUCUGGUGAGUGUUGUACUGUUUUCUGACAUAAGACAUAUUAUUAUACCUUUAAAAAGGCAUAUUUAGAUGACCCCCGUUAAACCAUGGGGCCUGUUUGCGAUUCAAACUAGGGAGGUGUUAAACAAUGGAAGUGUUAAUGAAUUUCCCAGAUCCAUUCUCACAGAUACCUGUUAUUUGGUAACGGGGUCUGUGAAAAAAACAGGUUUCAUUACUAGGUUUCGAGGUGGUUUUUAAUGUACCCAAGUUUUUUUUACUCCCUACCCCUUUCACAUAUACAAAAAAGAAAGUCACCAAAUGUAAAAAGAAGGGGUUUUGUCUCUGUGUAAAUGGGAUAUUAGUGAAGGAAAGGAGAUCAUUUAAAAGUAUUAUUUCCUGUAUAGCUGUGAUGAAGUCAAUCAAAAUGUCUGGGGAAAAAACUCCCUACCCUUCUCCAGAAGUGUGCACUGAUUCACUCCCUCUCAUGCAUUUAAGCAUUGGAUUGGUGCAAAAAUGGCUUGAGGGAGUUUCCACCAUAUUCCCAGUCCAUUUAUUUUUAGAAGGGGAGUGUACAAGAGAAUUGGAAUGUAGCCCAUAGAGAAUGAUAGAGGCCUCUAGUGGCCAAAAGGCAGUAUUAGCAUGGGCAGCGCCAUUGAGGGCUUCCACCAAUUUAAUGUACGGCAUCUAUCAAACACUCUGGUCGUGUUCCCCUGCGGAGACGCUGCAUGCAUCAACCAAUGGUUGCGUGCCACGUCAUAGACUUUACCUUCGUGCACAGUCGAUAACAUGUGGUUAGCCGAUACGUAAAAUAGCUACCCAAGAGUUGUAAGAUCUGGCAUUCGUCAGCAACGUUUGAGGAGAGGAACACAACCGAUAACUGCCUUUCAGGGUUCUACUGGAACCAAACAUAUUUAUAUUUAAACAGUGUGUGUGUGUAUGUAUAUAUAUAUAUAUGCAAAUACGAUCAGAAAUGCCUUUACUUGCCAAAGUAUAGCUAUUUGUCAUUAUAAGCAUGGUGCAUCAUUUUAGUUCUACAUAUGAAACUGUCAUUUCAACAGGGUAUGUAGUCAAAUAACUGUUCAGGAAGCUUAUUAAUACCCUGGGAGGGCGCCAUUUUAUUAAGAUGUUAUACAACAUCUGCACCCCCCUCAAAAGUAGUGCACUCUAGGGUGCCAUUUGCAACACAUAUCAUCUUGGUUUAAAAGAAGGCACAUUUUGGUAUUUAAAUAUAAAAUCCUAUAUCAUUUUUAAUGUCUUUUAAAUAAUGAAGCACUCCUGAAGGUUUUACAGACAGUGGGCGCGUUCGAGCGGAUCACUUUUGUCAAGUCGGUGGCCAUCGUUGGUCACCACCUUUCAAAGUGUGAUGCAUUAUGGGGAUAAAAAUUAUCCCACUUGUGCCUACAUGUCGACUGCAUGAACUCUACAAAAACCAUGUGAUCAAAGGUCAUGAAGUUUUGACUGCAAGUUCCUGCAGUUGCUCUUCACCAACUUCAUCCAUCACCUGCAUUGUGGGAUGCUCGAUUGUCAACCAAUCAUUAGGGUGUUUUUGUUUGACCCACACGAAUGUGACCAAAGACAUGACUGAAACAGGAACCAACUUUGCCUUGAUUUAUGUAAACAGUGGACAUAUACAAAAUUAAUGUGACAUGAGUCUCAUUGUUUGUACCAUGCGAACACAUGAUUUCAAAUUAUGAUUGUGUGAUAUGGGAGUUGGAGACAUGAUUAUGUUAACGUUAUAAAGGAAUACUUUUAUAACAAUGGCAACACUGCUAUGUUCAUCUGAGAUUUGUGGUAAAACCACGUGCCCAACUUUUGGCUGUCGCAGUUGCUCCUCCUCGAAUUUCGUCUAGUCGUUUGCUUAAGCCUUAUCACGCACCCAGUGCCUUCAUCUCCUCUACCAAGGGGAGAUUGUCCUGGGGUGUAUUCAUAAGUGCACAAUGGAAGCAAACGGUAGCAAAACUUUUUGCAAUGGAAACAAGCAUUUAUUUUUGGGGGACAAAUUCAGUUAGUCCAUACCAGUUACAACCUGGUUGCUUCCAUUAGGUUCCUAAUGAAUGUACCCCUGGUCAGGUCAGGGGGACAGGAAACUAAAUUUUACAUUAUUAGAUUCAGGGACAGGUCAUUUCCUGACCAUGUAACCAGAACAGGAAAAACUCCUGGCCCUAGUUGGUCAAGGGGAUAAUCUCAAUUGGAGAAGGUCAGAUGCCGCUUGACCACGCUUAAACUUUUGGAGUCACUUUGAAAAUGUUCUUCCAGAACUGCUUUUCUCACCAACUGUCUCAUCCCCCUACACGCACACACUUUAAAAGGAACGGACAGAUCUCAAAUGUAGUUUAAUAGGAAGUAUGUAUCCGUUUGUUUUAUUUGAGAAGUUGUUUGUGUUGUAUGCUGCCGUAACUGGAAAGGAGUGGCUCAGGCUUCCCUGUGGCUCAGUUGGUACAGCAUGGUGUUUGCAACACCAGCAUCGUGUGUGUGCGCAACGCCAGGGUUGUGGUUUCGAUUCCCACGGGGGGCCAGUACAAAAAAAAAAAUACAAAAAAAAAAAAAAUGCAUGAAAUGAAAUGUAUGCACUCACUACUGUAAGUCGCUCUGGAUAAGAGCGUCUGGUAAAAUGUAAAUGUAAAAUGAAAGGUGAUCAGUGUAGACAAAAUUUCCAAUGCCAUAUCGUUAGACCUUAUGGAAUGUUUAGUGUGUUUCUAUUCUACGUAUAUCAAAAGCAUUUAUAGUAGAAUAGUCUGUACGACAUGCAUAUAUCCACCUCAAUAAACAGAAAACACCA